AUGGCCGGACGCCGCGGAGGUGCCAUGACGACCCUUGUACGCUCUGCUGCCCUACGCUCCGGCUCCGGAGCCGGUGCUUCACUCAGCCUCAGGAGCAGCCGCAACACCACCGUCCGCGCCCUCUCGACCGCGACAUCGCUGCCACCCACCUACGAGCGCCUCUUCAACAAGUACACAGAAGUCCGCCGCGUCCUCGACGGCCGGCGCCUCACCCUCGCCGAGAAGAUCCUCUACAGCCAUCUCCACAAUGUCGAGGAGUCGCUCCUCACAAACACCAGCAACGGCCGCAACAUCCGCGGCGCGGCCAACCUGCGCCUCAACCCGGACCGCGUCAACAUGCAGGACGCCUCGGCCCAGAUGGCGCUGCUGCAGUUCAUGUCGUGCAACCUCGAGCGGCCCGCCAUCCCGGCCAGCAUCCACUGCGACCACCUGAUUGUCGGCUCCAAGGGCGCCCAGGACGACCUGUCGUCCGGCAUCGAGACCAACAAGGAGGUCUUUGACUUUCUCGAGUCGGCCGCGCGCAAGUACGGUAUGGACUUUUGGCCCCCCGGCGCAGGCAUCAUCCACCAGACCGUGCUGGAGAACUAUGCCCUGCCCGGUCUCAUGAUGCUCGGCACCGACAGCCACAGCCCCAACGCCGGCGGUCUGACGACGAUUACGAUUGGUGUCGGCGGCGCCGAUGCCGUGGAAGCGCUUGUCGGUGCGCCCUGGGAGCUCAAGGCGCCCAAGAUUCUCGGCGUCGAGCUGAUUGGUGAGCUCAGCAACUGGGCCUCGCCCAAGGACAUCAUCCUGCGUCUCGCCGGCGAGCUCACCGUCCGCGGCGGCACCGGCUACAUUGUCGAGUACUUUGGACCCGGCGUCGAGACGCUCAGCUGCACGGGCAUGGCAACUUGUUCAAACAUGGGAGCCGAGGUUGGCGCGACUACAUCCAUCUUCCCGUAUACCCAGGCCUCUGCACGCUACCUCGCGUCCACCCGCCGCGCCCAGGCCAUCGCCAACAUCGACGCUCUGCAGGCUUUCCCCGGCGCGGGCACAAGCGCCGACGCGCGGUUCCAGUUCCGCGCCGACGAAGGUGCCGAGUACGACGAGCGCAUCACGAUUAACCUCUCCGAGCUGGAGCCUCACAUCAACGGCCCCUUUACGCCGGACCUGUCCACGCCGCUCUCCAAGUUCAAGGACGUUGUCCGCGAGGAGAACUGGCCGGAAUCCCUCUCCGCCGGCCUCAUCGGCAGCUGCACCAACUCUUCCUACGAGGACAUGACGCGCGUCGAGUCGCUGCUCAAGGAAGCGGCCGCCGCUGGUCUCUCGCCCGCCGCCGACUUCUACAUCACCCCCGGCAGCGAGCAGAUCCGCGCGACGCUCGAGCGCGACGGCACGCUCGCGGCCUUUGAGGACGCCGGCGGCGUGCUGCUGUCGAACGCGUGCGGGCCGUGCAUCGGGCAGUGGCAGCGCCAGGACGGCGUCCAGAAGGGCACGCCCAACGCCAUCCUCACCUCGUACAACCGCAACUUCCGCGGCCGCAACGACGGCAACCCCGAGACGAUGAACUUUCUCGCCUCGCCGGAAAUCGUCACCGCCAUGGCCUUUGCCGGCACCACCACCUUCAACCCCGUCACCGACACCCUCAAGACGCCCGACGGCAAGGACUUCAAGUUCUCCCCGCCGCACGGCAAGGAGGGCCCCGAGACGCCCUUCGAGUCGGGCGUCGCCUCCCUCGGCGUGCUCUCCCAGGCCGCCGACCCCAGCGUCGAGGUCGCCAUCGCGCCCACCUCGGAGCGCCUCGCCCUUCUCGAGCCCUUUCCCGCCUUUCCCGCCUCCGACCUCUCCGGGCUGCGCGUCCUCGUCAAGGUCACCGGCAAGUGCACGACCGACACCAUCUCGGCCGCGGGGCCCUGGCUCAAGUACAAGGGCCACCUGCCCAACAUCUCCACCAACACGCUCAACACGGCCAUCAACGCGGAGACCGGCGAGGUCAACGCCGCCUACGACUUCCUCGACGGCUCGCGCGACACCAUCCCCGCGCUCGCCGCGCGCUGGAAGGACCGCGGCCAGGACUGGCUCGUCGUCGCCGAGCACAACUACGGCGAGGGCUCCGCGCGCGAGCACGCCGCCCUGCAGCCGCGCUACCUCGGCGCCCGCGUUGUCCUCACAAAGUCGUUUGCGCGCAUCCACGAGACCAACCUCAAGAAGCAGGGCGUCGUGCCCCUGACGUUUGCCGACGAGGCCGACUACGACAAGAUUGCGGCCGGUGACGAGGUCGCCACCGUCGGGCUCUACGAGAUGCUGCAGAAUGGCGGCCAGGGCGAGGUCAAGCUCAGGGUCACCAAGAAGGACGGCGGCGAGGACGUGCUGAUCCCGACGAGGCAUGCCGUCAGCAAGGACCAGGCUGGGUUCAUCCUCGCGGGCAGUGCGCUGAAUCUGCUGUCCAAGGGUGUUUGA